GACACUCUCACCAAAUUCCCAUUCUCUCUCUGUAGGUCAUCACCUCGCUUGGGCGGCCCCCCAUCGCGUCGAGGGCUUUUCUGUGUCAGUCAUUCUUUGAGUACCUCACUCUCAUCGCACCUGUGUCCCUUGCCCAUACCCUCCGAGAGGGCGAUAUCACCAUGAUCUCAACUUCCUUUGCUCGCAUGACGCUUCUGCUCCUGGCUAUGAUAGCAUUGCAGGCCAUGUCAUCACCAGUGUCUGCGGCUGCCGGUCGGCGACACUCGAUUCACCAUCAGGGCCAAGAACGCGCAGACGGGCACGAGCUGCCACUCACCCAGCUUCCACGUCGCGCACCAGCUCCUCCCGAUGGAGCUCAUAUAUCCCAGCAUAAGCCAAGCAAGGUGACCAAUGCGACGGUGCCAAUUUUCGUCAACAAGGCAUGGGUCGAUAAAGCAGAUGGAGGCAAAGCUGGCAGGGGCAUCACGAAAGCUUGGAUCGGACUGCACGGUAAAGGCAGAGAUGGCGUGGCUACAUUUCAAGAUCUAUACCCAAUCGUAGGCAGCUCUGGCGCCCUGAUUAUUCCCAAUUUCUACGCACCCGACGAUAUAGGCCAUUCCACCACGGAUGGAGUACAUGCAAGCUAUCUCGAUGCUGAUCGCAAUAUGCUUUGGAACAAGGAAGGCUGGUCCGUCGCGCGCGAUGCAGUGCAAGGAGGCAGAAAACGGCCUCUGAACGGUGCCCAGAUCAGCAGCUUCGAUGUUGUCGACUCCCUCGUUGAGCGCCUUUCGGACAAGGGACUGUACCCGAACUUGAAACGCAUCAUCAUCGUCGGGCACAGUGCGGGCGGCCUCUUCGUCGAUUUGUACGCCCGCUUCGGCAAGUCCACGUCGGAUGGAAAUAUCAAAUUUCGGUACAUUACCGCCAAUCCUCCACUCAACUAUUUUGAGGACAGGACUCGACCGGUCGAUGGCCAAGACUACCUGGCGGGCUGCCCAGAGUACAAUGAUUUCCCAGCCGGCUCCUCAGGAAUGAUUCCUCGCUACGUCUCCACAACUGGGAAGCGCAUGUCAUUUGCCAAAAGCGUCUCUCGAGACGUGAUCAGACUAGCCGGAUCUCGAGAUGUCUACAAAGCUGGCUACGAAGUGCCUAGAUGCGACGCGGUUGCUCAAGGAGGUUUGGACCGCUUGGCCAGAAAUCAGAAUGCUUGGGUCAUCGAGAAUUUGCGCGCAAAGAGCGGCAAAGACUUGUCCAUGUAUCGAGGCUACCAAAAUCUCACUAGCCAAGCAAAACCAGUUGCGACGGAUGCUGGCGCCCCACUGCUUUUCAAGCGCACCUUUGCAAUCGUCCCAGGUGUCGGACACGACUCGGGCAAGAUGUUCUCCAGUAACUUUGGAAGACAAGCUCUGCUCAGCUCUUCCGGAGUGAGCUACACGCCUCAUCUUGAAGGCAAUCAGUCCUACGUCCCAUACUGAUUACGUAUCCGGAUGACGAUGCGUGCUCUUAGACACGAGAUGGCCAGCAUCUUCUGCCGGCCGCGUUCCCAGCAUAUGUGCGCACGCUGCGGACGCUCUCGUAGCCUUCCCAACGAUGACUCG